UUAUCCCUCUUUGCUUCGGUAUCCCUAUCCACUGCAAGUCAAUUAAACCUUCACUUGUUGGAUCCAUUUGCUGAAGAAAAACCUGUUUCUACACAAAACCACAGUGACUUUCAUGAAAAUUUUAUUGAAUUAGAUACAUCUAGAGUUGUUCAAAUAUUAUACGGUUUGAGGAAGGAACCCAAUACUGCCCUUUUAUUUUUCCGCCGGCUGAAGGAUCAUGGGUUCCAACACGGUGUUGAAACUUAUUCGUCAAUCACUCGAAUUCUGUGUCAUUCGGGUCUGCAGAGGAAGUUGGGAUCUCUCUUUUCGGAGCUUGUUGGUUUGAAGGCAGAUGAACUGGGUUUUGAAAUGGCCACUCUCUUUGAGGCUCUAUCUGAGAGACGUGAGUAUGGAGUAGAGGGUGAAAGACGUGAUUGUGAGGGAGAGACCCAACUUUCUAGUCCGUCAGUGGAGGCACUUGAUGCAUUGAUCAAAGUUUAUGUCAAUCAUCAGAUGUUCGCUGAGGCUAUUGAUGCUUUAUUCCAAACAAGAAGGCGUGGGAUUCUUCCCCAUGUCUGGACCUGCAAUUUCCUCUUAAAUUCCCUGACCGAACAUGGUAAACUGGAUAUGGCCUUGGCCAUUUAUCCACAACUGAAGUUGCGAGGACUGAUCCCUAAUGUUUAUACAUAUACUAUUGUUAUGAAGGCAUUGUGCAAAAAUGGGGAUGUGGAAAAAGCCUUUGAAGUGUUGGAAGAAAUGCAGAAAGCUGGGGUAACCCCUGAUGACUUCACUCGUGGAACAUUCAUCAAUGCAUUGUGCUUGCGUGGUGAGUCUGACUUGAGCUAUACGCUACUCCAAGCAUGGAGGGUAUCUGGGAUCCAGUUGAAUACUUUUUGUUACAAUGCUGUGAUUGAAGGGUUCUGUAGGGAGAAGAAGCUACAGAAUGCUGAGAUCGUCUUAAAUGACAUUGGAAAGCAAGGGUUGGUACCUGAUGUAUAUAGUUACAGUAGCAUAAUUGAUGGAUACUGUAGUAUUUGGAAUUUACAGAGGGCCAUUUGUCUCCACAAUGAGAUGGUGUCACUGGGUAUCAGACCCAAUUGUGUGAUUGUCAGCUCAAUCCUUCAAUGCUUGUGUAGAAUGGGUAUGGUCACUGAAGCAGUGGAUCAAUUCAUGAGUUUUAAGGACUCGGGAAUUUUCCUUGAUGGGAUUUCAUAUAAUAUAGCAAUGGAUGCUUUAUGUAAGAUGGGAAAGAUGGAAGCAGCUGUGGCAUUGCUUGAUGAAAUUAAGGGUAAGAAGAUGGUUCCAGAUGUUAAACAUUACUCCACUUUAAUUAAUGGGUAUUGCCUAAAAGGGCAACUGAUGGAAGCGGAGAAAGUUUUUGAGGAUAUGAAAGAAAUGGGUGUUAAGGCCGACAUUAUAACUUACAACAUACUUGCCAGUGGGUUUUCCAGAAAUGGGCGCCAAGAGGCAUUCAGGCUUAUGGAUUCAAUGGAGACCCAAGGUUUGAAGCCCAAUGCUCUUACUUGCAGAAUUAUUAUUGAAGGCUUGUGUUUUUCAGGUAAGGUGAAUGAGGCAGAAGCUUUCUGGAAUGGUUUGGAAAUGAAGUGUAUUGAUACUUUUUCUGCAAUGGUUAAUGGGUACUGUGAAGCAAACCAUGUAAGGAAAGCAUAUGAACUUUUUAUUAGAUUGUGUGACCAAGGAGUCCUUGUGAAGAGUGAUGUCUGCUUGAAAUUGCUCAGUAACCUUUGUGCAGAGUGUGAUUCGGACAAAGCUCUAAUUGUGUUUAAUAGAAUGUUGGCAUUUGGUGUGAAACCCAACAAGAAUGCAAAGGGGAAACUUCUAGCUGCUUUUUGCCAGGCCAGAGACAUGAGGAGGGCCCGAUAUGUGUUUGACAAUUUCGUUGAGAGAGGGUUAACCCGAGAUGCCAUCAUGUAUACCAUAAUGAUAAAUGGGUACUGCAGGAUAAACUGCUUGCGAGAAGCCUGUGAUCUGUUUGAUGAAAUGAAAGAGAAGGGGAUUAAACCAGAUAUAAUAACUUACACAGCUUUGCUUGAUGGUUAUUUAAAGGUAUAUUUAAGACAAGGUCGUUCUUCAAUCUCUGAGGAGAGAAAGGAGCAAAAAUUUGGGGCCUCAGCCCUGUGGGAUGAGAUGAAAGAGAUGGGCAUCGAACCUGAUGUUAUUUGCUAUACCGUUUUGAUUGAUGGCCACUGCAAGAUAUAUGACCUCCAGGAUGCUCUUGCUCUUUUUAAUGAAAUGAUGGAAAGAGGACUCACACCUGAUGUUAAGACAUAUACUCCUAUUGUGUCUGUCUAUUGUAGUAAUGGAGACUUGAAGAGUGCCAUAAACCUUGUUGAUGAAAUGUUGUCCAAAGGGAUACAGCCAGAUCCCCGUGUUAUCUCUCUUAUUGAAGGCCCAAAAGGUUCAAUUACAGCAGAGACUACCGAUGACUAGAGGGGCUGAACAAAUCCAAGUUGUUUAAAUUGGCCAUUUUCCUGCUAAAACGGCACUGUCUGGAGUUGGUGAAGCCAUCGAUGUUAGGGCUCACAUAACACAGAAUACUGCCCUGAAUGCUACUUUUAAUACACAGUUCCUCUUCCAAAUUGGAGUCUUCACCGCUGUGCCAAUGAUUCUGGGUUUCAUCUUGGAACAAGGUUUUCUAAGGAAAGGAGAUCCUUACUUGGCCAUCUGUCUUUGGGGAUUUAUGUUUGUACAUCCAUUGUGACGAUGACCCUUUGUCCUGUAAUAAGUGCUCCACUUUUCAACAAGUUUACCCGGUUGAUUGAUGAUGAACUUUCCCUGGCUGUGCUGCUGCCCUCAGCUUUCUGACGGAGAACUAGGAGAGAAGAUGAGAACCUUGCUUCCUCACUCUAGUUUCCUUUAAAAAAGAUCUUUGUUGUUGAUGGAUCUAUGAGGUCAAGCCAUAUCAAUGUGAGGUUUGCAUUUCAAGCUCACUGGGAGAAUUAAUCUCAAACAAGGAAGCAACACCAAGAUGUGCUGCGUCUUCUUUGAUCAGGUCUGCACUAUUGAGGUCCAGAUGUGUUGUCAAUGCACUCUAGCUUUGUACUGCCACAAGAAGCCGAACCCCAUACCAUAUGCUUGACUGCCCGUCUGCCUUUCUGUCACAGAAGCAUUGUUAAGAGCAAGACCGUGGAUGAAAUGGAUGGGGACACCAAUGCCUCAAAGAUGACGAGGUUGAAGAAGUCACAGACCUUUAGCAGGGAAAGCAGCAGCUCCAAGAGCUUGUCGGCUGUGGGUUCAUUUGGGAAGAUAGGUGGUUGUGGUUCAGGAAGGAUUGCUGCUAACAAUGGUGACUGGGUUGACAAGCCAUGACCCAGGAAAAUGCUCUCACAUAAACUAUAUCUUUAUUGUUAAGAAAUAAUCUCCCCUCUUCCCAUUUCUCUCCCUUCAAUGUCUAUCUCCACUUGCAUGCUAGGAUACCAGAUUUCCACAUACAAGCAGAGUGGAUUUUUCUUAAAAUUCUCCUCUGUGGUUGCAAAAGCCUGAAUCUGUGAGGCUCAUUGUUCAUUGUAUUUUAAAUCCUUCGGCUGCAGUUAUUAAUUGUUCAUGUUUGUUGAGUUCUAAUUUACUGAGGCAUUAGUCUCUACUUUUGUUUGA